AUGUCCACCACUGAGUACAUUAAUUACCAUGGUCUCCUCUUGCCCCCUGAGGCCCACACCAUGGAGAGUUUGGAGUAUGCCCAAAAUUUCAGUGUGGAAGACACUGAUGUGUUUGCUGUCACUUAUCCCAAGUCAGGUACAAUUUGGAUGCAGGAGAUCCUCCCAUUGGUGCUGAAUGGGGGGGAUCUGACCCCCAUCCAUACCAUUCCUAACUGGGACAGAGUCCCAUGGCUGGAAGAGAAAAGAUUGGCUCGAGUGGUGCAUAAGCUGUCAUAUCCACGGGCACUGGUCACACAUUUUCCCUACAACCUCAUGCCCCCUUCCUUUUACACCUCUAAAGCCAAGGUGAUCUAUGUCAUGAGGAACCCAAAGGACAUCAUGGUGUCUUCAUACUACUUCCAUCAGAUGGCCGGUUUCCUUGAGGAUCCAGGAACCUUUGAUGAGUUUAUGGAUAAAUUUCUCGAGGGUGAAGUGUUGUUUGGAAAAUGGACAGAUCACGUGAAGAGCUGGAGAAGCAUAGAACUAGGAGACAGAAUCAUGUACAUUACGUAUGAAGAAAUGGUUCAGGACCUGCCUGCAUCUCUCAGGCGUAUCUCAAAUUUCCUGGGCUGCAAUCAGACUGAAGAAGUCAUCCAGAAGAUAGCAGAGCAUUGCUCUUUCACGACAAUGAAGACCAACAACAUGUCCAACUUCAGUCUGAUGCCCAAGGUGUACAUGGACAGUGACAAGUCUCCUUUCCUAAGGAAAGGAAUUGUUGGAGACUGGAAAAACCACUUCAGCUCAGAGCAACUGGCCCGAUUCAUAUCAGUGAUUUCCAAAGAGCUGGAGGAUGAGAGCUUCUCUCUGCCAUGGAGCCUGGACUGACCACCAUCUGAAACAAAGACACAGAGAUCCAGAGUGGCAAAGAUUAAAUCAAGGCCUGUAUAUGUCAGUCAUCCCAGACCAAGUAAUUAGUGCUAACUGAGCCAAGAUUCUCAGACUUGCUUAUGGUUUUCCUAUUAAUAAUAUUAUUAAUAGCAUUUUGAUUAAGCUAAUUAAUUUGCCUUCUAAUCAAUUUCAACCAAGAUUCAGGAGCACCACUGAGCCCAUUGAAGUUCUCAUGUCUGAUAUGCUCUAAAUUAAAAAGAGCAGCUUUAAAGCUUUAAAGCUACUGAUUGGAUAAAAAUAUUUAGCGUUUUCAGAUGUAAAUACUGCAUCCACGAGAGCUGGGAACUAUUCCAGGAAGCAUGUUCAACAAACUCUGAGUUUUAAAACAUACUCUGAGUUGAUCAACUCUGAGUUUCCUGUUCCAGAACAUCUGAUCAGAGCUAGUUCAAUCAACUCUGAGUAUGAUCCUGAGUUAGAGUGUGCGUGAGUAAAGAAAGAAAGCCAUCAUCAAUGGAGCUCUGAUACCAGGAUUCACCAUGGCAAUGGGUAAAUAAAGAGCGGAGCCUCCAUUUUAAUCCGAUGGAUGGAGGAUCGCAUGUGUCAGUGUUGAGCAUGAUGAGUCACUUUAAUCAGU